AGUGUCAAGUUUAUUAAUAGAGCCGUCACAUGAAUGGUUAAAACGACUAAUUUAUACAAUAAAUCCACUAAGCAAGGAGUUAUCGCCGUGUGUUUUGAUGUGUCGUCCUGAAGUACUAUGUGCAACUUGCAAUGGUCCAUAUUAUAAUUCGAAGAGAAGUGACAUAUUAAUGUGGUAGAAAAAUAACAAUUAAUAUCAUUAUGUUCUUGAAGGUUUAUUACUAUUUUCUAUUAGUAAAUAAAGUGAAACAAUGCACGUGAUAAAACAAUACAUAUUGGUAUGGUUUAACAAGUAGUUCAUAAUGAGCCAUAAUAUUGCCGGCAUGGCCCCAUACAGGAUGGCUGGUCCUGGUCUAGGGCCACCUGAUUUCAAACCUCCAAACGAGGCACCUCACAUACCUGCACCCGCGCCUAGUAAUCCUAAAAAGAGGCGGAAAAAUGCAAGUGCAGCCAGCAACCAAUUACCUCCAACACCAGCACCCAGUCUACAAGACUUACUACCUCCCCCAUGUUCUGGAUUUGGUGAUACUAUUGUGGCUUCAAAUCCUUUUGAUGAUAUGCCACUUCCAUCUUCUAUGUCUCACAAUGGACCGAUGGGACAUAAUGCAUUGGCAAUGCUGGGUCAUAAUGGACCUCCGCAUUCUGGUAUGAACCCUCAUCUGCAUCACCAUCCGCAUCAUAUGGGUGGACCUCCUUGGGGAGGUCCCAUGGGGCAUAUGGGAAUGCCCAAUCAACACAUGCCUAUGCCCAGCAUGAAUAAUUCAAGGCAAAUGGGAAGUCCUAUGACAGCAGGACCUAUGGGCAGCCCUAUGAAUAUGCCUAUGGGUUCACCUAUGGGUGGUCCAAUGGGCAGUCCAAUGAACACAAUGAAUCCUAUGAAUCAUAUGGGUAACACACCUAUGGGACCUCCCAUGCAUAGUCCACUAGGGCCAAUGGGUAAUGGACCAUCAAGUAUGGGAGGUCCGAGAAUGAAUGUUCCAAAUAGUUCGAGACCAAUGAGUAGUCCUAUGAAUUCUGGCCCCAUGGGUAGUCCAAUGAAUUCACUCCCUUUAGGCUCUCCUAUGGCACCUAUGGGCAGUCCUAUGAAUAGCAUGAAUUCAGGCCACUUGAACAGCCCUAUGGUACCUCCAAUGCACAGUCCUUUAGGACAAAUGGGCAAUGGACCUGCGGGUAUGGGAGGACCAAGGAUGACAGCGCCUAAUGGGAGCAUGGGUCCUAAUGGACCAGGUCAAGUUCCUGGUGGAAAUCCUUUAAAUGGUCCAAUGGGCGGUAACAACAAUAUGGGUGGAAGCAAUAGUUCAUUAAACGCCAUGGGAAUGGAAAUUAAUCAUCAGAUGGGUCAGAUAGGACCUAUGAGCAACUCUGCAUCAAAUACUAGCAUGGGACCCAACAGUGGUCCCAUGGGCAAUAGCGGGCCCAUGAACCGAAAUAGUCCUAUGGGCGGAAACAAUGCAAUGAAUCAGAAUGGAAUGAUGAUGAAUUCUCAAAUGGGUCCAAAUGGUCCAAUGGGAGGCAUGCCUAUGGGUCCAAAUGUGUCAAUGGGAUGUCCUAUCAGUCAGAGUGGACCCAUGGGACCAAACGGGCCAAUGAUGCAUAUGGGAGGGCCUAAUGGUCCAAUGAUUCCAAAUGGACCUAUGGGAUCGAUGGGCCCAAACGGACCCAUGGGACCGAAUGGACCAAUGGGUGGAAUGAAUAUGUUUGGUCCAAAACCAAUGCCUGUGAGUGCGGGAAAAGUAUAUCCUCCUGACCAGCCAAUGGUUUUCAAUCCACAAAAUCCAAACGCGCCUCCUAUAUACCCUUGUGGAAUUUGCCACAAAGAGGUACAUGAUAAUGAUCAAGCAAUACUAUGUGAAAGUGGCUGCAACUUCUGGUUUCACAGGGGUUGUACGGGAUUGACAGAAGCAGCUUUUCAAUUACUAACAGCGGAAGUUUAUGCAGAAUGGGUCUGCGACAAGUGUUUGAAUUCAAAAAAUAUACCUCUUGUUAAAUUCAAGCCGUGAGUUUUCUUGAAGAGACAUCAGUGCACAGUGUUCUAUGCAUUUUGAAUAAAACUUACGAAAAUAAUGUUUUAAAUAAUUAUCAA